CUAAUGGGUUACAUACCGGCUACGAUCACCGGGCCCGUCGCUAGGGGUACCGAGGUCCUGCGCGAGUCGCUCGGGAGCCUGACCUGGGGCCCGGCAAUGGCCCUCGCCAGACCAGCAGUCGAGGCUGUUUUCUCCCAGAUCGAGAUCGGGACUCUGUUGCUGGUCGACGAGCCGGGCGGCCGGCGGAUCGUCUACGGCCAGAAGCUGCCGGAUAGGAGUAACGGGAUCAAGCUGGACGAGGAGCCGCUCCCGACCCGGCCCAGUGGUGUGCGGAAGGCGACGACGAUUCCGCGCGUCGAGCUCGUGGUCAAGCGCGAUGCGUUUUGGAUGCGUCUGUUCCUCUUCGCGGAUAUGGGACUCGCUGAGGCUUACAUGCUUGGCGACGUCGAGUGUGCCGACUUGACGUCCUUUUUCCAGGUCAGCUUACCCCCGGCGUCGCUAUUUAUCGUGAACAGAGAUCAGAUGGGCAACGGCACAACGCGCUUCUCGGCCAUAUCUGGAGCCAUCACUAGCCUCGCCAGGACAACCAACACCAUGUCCAACUCUCUGCUGAACAUCUCGGCGCAUUACGACAUCAGCAACGAUAUGUUUGCUGCGUUUCUCUCCCCUGACAUGACUUAUUCGUGCCCGAUAUGGAAAUCGGUCACGGACGGAUCCGACGAGCAGGAGGAGUCUCUCGAGGCAGCGCAGUUGACCAAACUGCGCAGGUUCAUCACUGGAGCACGCAUCAAGUCGACCGACCACGUGCUGGAGAUCGGAACCGGCUGGGGCUCCUUCGCCAUCGAGGCCGUCAAGACGACGGGAUGCCGCGUCACGAGUCUCACCCUCUCAAAGGAGCAAAAGGCGCUGGCUGAGGCUAGGAUAGCUGACGCGGGGCUUUCUGACCGGAUCGAGGUUCUGUUGAAGGACUACCGAGCGCUGGAAGCACCAGAAGGCCGGCCGUUCGACAAGAUAGUCUCGAUCGAGAUGCUCGAGGCGGUCGGGCAGGAAUUCCUUGGCACGUACUUUGCCUGUAUCGACAGGUUACUGAAGAAGGAUGGUGGUAUUGCCAUGUUUCAGUGCAUCACAAUGCCAGAAGGCCGGCAUGAGGCUUACUCCAAGAGCGAAGACUUUAUAAACCACUACAUCUUUCCAGGUGGCUACCUCCCCUCGAUUACACAGUUGUUGAACCACAUCAGCAAAGAAUCCAAGGGGACUCUGAUUGUCGAGGGUGUCGAAAAUAUCGGCGGGCACUACAGCAAAACCCUGCGUCUCUGGAAGGAAGCGUUCCUAGAAAACUUCGACUCGAAGAUCAAGCCUGCGCUCCAGACUGAGCAUGCAGACAUGACAGAUGAGGCGAUUGCUGUUUUCAAGAACAAGUGGGAGUACUAUUUUACUUAUUGCGAGGCUGGCUUCCUUACAAAGACGCUUGGGGAUGUGAUAAUAACGGUAGGGCGUGAGGGUGCCCUGGAACUGAUGGAGGGGAUCCCGCUCUGA